AUGGCAGUGAUCAAGGUUGUAGUUGCCAAUGGUUAUGAUGAACUAAAAAAGAUUGUGGCAGAGAGCAAAAUUCGUACUGUUAUAUACUUUUCUGCUUCCGAAGAUGGUUAUGGCAAAAGCUGGUGUCCAGAUUGCGUUUCAGCUUCUAAACCAUUAUUUUCAUUUUCCAGCUGGAAAGACAAAGAGAAUCCAUUCAGAAAAGAUGAACAUUUUAAAUUGACAUGUAUACCAACACUGAUGGAGUAUGGUGAUAAAGUAAGUGUUCGGCUUCGUAGCAUUUACUCAAAUAUCGAUUUUUUUAUUUUUCUUCAGAAUGGCGAUGAAAAAGACCACUGA